UUGUAGAGAAGUCGGGAUCUAAUACAUCAUCAUCCUCUCAUGCUCCAGAAAGUCACCAUUGAAUAAACAUUCAUGUGUGAAAAAUUCAUGUCAAUCAGAUGAAUACAAAAAAGGAAAAACAAGGACGAAAUCAUGAAAAAUCUAUAGGAGCAAAUAUCUCAAAAAGUGUCUUUUACACUUAAAAAUUUUCACAAAAUCAAUAUAAACUCUGAUCAACUUUUGUUUGGUAUAAUUUCAAAGUACAGUAAUUGCCCGUGUAUCCGGAUCACCACUAUCCGGAAUUCGCUGCUCUCCGGAGCUGCCCCCAAGUGUAUUUUAAACAUGCUGUGUGUGAUCCCUUGAUCUGGCUAGGCAGCAGUACUUACUCCCAUCCCCACUCCACUCUAACCAGCCUGAAGAGACUGGAAGAGAGCUGGAGGGUUGCCAGGUCCACACUCUCUGACUCAAGAAAAACAAGGACAAACUCCAAGCCUACACUGUCAAAUUUUCUGUGGCCUCCAAGACAGGGAAGAGUGAGCAGAGAAAGGUGAUGGCCAAGCCAAAGAGCCAGGAGCUGGACAAGUGCGUGAUGCAGUGGUAUCUGCAGGAACAUGGCUGUAGGGUGGUGAGGGGGGCAUGAAUUAUGAUGGCAGCAGAGUGAUUUGCCAACAACACUGGACUGCAAAAUUUUAGUGCCUCCGACACCAUGGCCUGACAAAGAUGAAGGUUUAUGGUGAGACUCUGGUCGAUGACAAAGGUGCUGUCGAGCCCUCUUGAGAGGAGGUGAAGAGGCUUAUGCGUGAAGAGGGACUGUUGCUAGAAGAGAUUUAUAAUACAGACGAGACUGGCCUCUAGUACCGAUCAAUCCCAGACAAUAUGUUAGCCACUGAAUAAGAAAAUUUGGUCAGUGGAAGAAAAGUGAGCAAGGCAAGAAUUUCCGUGAUGUGUGCAGCAAAUGUCACUGGCUCGCACCGCCUGGUCACUUGUUGUCAGUAAAGCUAAGCAGCCAAGAUGCCUAAGGGGCCAUAUGAACAAGUUGCCUGUUGUCUAUGAUCAUUCAGCCAAGGCUUGGUUUACUGUGAGGAUUUUCAAGAACUGGUUUUUCAAUAAUUUUGUUUCACAAGUCAUCCGCUACCAGACACAAGUUCUAAAAGUCAACCGAGACCAGGUGAGGGCACUGCUACUCCUAGACAAUGCCCCAGCACAUCCUCCAUCUUCUGAACUUGUUGCAGAUCAUGGCCACAUCCAUGUCAAGUUCUUGCCUGCAAACACAAUAUUGCUUAUUCAGCAUAUGGACCAAGGCAUUAUUGUGGCCUUCAAGCAUCUGUACAGAACAAGAUUUUUAGAAGACAUGAUAGUUAUGAUUGAUGCAGAAGAAAAGAAUGUAGGUCAACUAACCUUAGACAAUCUGAAGAAAUACAACCGCAUGUCAGUGGUACACAACAUUGCAAAGGCCUGGGGUGACAUCAGCAUCUCUACUUUAGCCAGUGGCUGGAACACGUUACUACACGGAACUGACCCCGUGGUGUACUUUGAGGGCUUUGAGGCAGAUAACUUCUACUGUCGGCUGCAUGAGACAGGGGAACAAGUUAAACCAGAUGAUGUCCAAGACUGGCUUGACUGUGAUGAAGGUGACCCAGGCAUGCAAGUCCUAACUGAACAAGAAAUUGCUGAGACAGUGUUGCACUCAAACGGCUCCUGAGGAAGAUGACGAUGAUGAUCCCCUCCCUCCCAGGCCAUCAUUUACAACAGUAAGGGGAGGAAUUGAAGCUGCGCUGGAGUUUUGCGAACACCCUAAUUCAAAUGCAGAACUGCAGAGUUAUGCUCAAACUCUGAAAGUGAUUCGAGAGGCCAUCAUCAGGAUGCACAGCAAGUGGCCAUUGUGGCAAACAAGGCUUGACUCAUUUUUCAAGUCAACCACUCCUUUGCCACAUCCAUCAGCUACACUAGCCUCCCGCCCUUCAUCCGAGGAUUCCACUGAUUCUCCUUAGCCACUCUUCUGGUCUCCCUUGCCUGGUCCCAGCACCAGUCACACCCUCAGUCACCCAGCCACCCCAAUGCCAACUGGCCCAACUUGUAUUGAGAGAAAGAGAACACUUUCUGCACCACUUAAGGAGAUAAUGUUACAGGCUCAUUAUUUUUUUCUUUACAGUGGUUUCCCUUUAGGCCUAUAUCCACUGGCAUGAGGAGAAAAAUGAGCUUUAGUUAAAUUAGCAGAUGCCACUCGGCAUUGGGUCUAGUCAUCAAUCCACAAGCUUAAGAGUCUCCAUUUCCUGCAUUAUUGGCUCCCUCUUCCUUGUUAGCAUAUUUGUCAUUAAUCCCUUCAGUACAGUGACGCCUAUGUGGGCGUCAUGAAGCCCCAGUAGCAAAUACAGUGACGCCUACAUAGACGUCAUAUUUCUUUUCUGAGCUUUCUUCAGUUCAGUUG